AUGGCCACUCCUCUUCGCACAAAUACGUGGCGUACCUGCGAGUGUCUCGCGAGACAACGAAUUCGCCAACCCCAAAGUACCCGGCGCCUCACCACGACGCACACUCUCCGAUCCGCAAACCAUGCUGGCAAUAACCCACUCCGCUCCAGUGAGCGCGCAACGAAUGCACAGCAUAUCGCCGGGCACAAGCGGUCAAUUGCGCUCUCCGCAGUUGGCAUGGUCGCCUGUGCAGCAGCCAUGUAUGGAACGAUCAAGCUGGACUUGUUUGGACUCGAGUCAGCGAAGGAUAAGGGCGACGCUGCCGACACACACCCCAAACCGAUUCACAACAACGCAAUGAAGAUGGACGGACCACCCGGCUUCCCCAGCACAGGGGGCCCCUCCGUGAUCCCAAUCCAGGGUCAAGACAACGUCGAGCAGGUCGCGACUGGCAAUAGCUCCGUCCCCUACUUUCCGUCGACGAUCCGGCUGCCCUCCGCCGCCGAAACCGAGAACAAGCAAACAGGCGACGAGCUGACCACUGCCGAUGGUGAUGAGUAUCAGCUAUUGGGCCUGGGCAUCCGCUCAGUAUCAUUCCUCUCGAUCCAGGUCUACGUGGUCGGCCUGUACGUCGCCAAGGCCGACAUCACCGAGCUCCAACAGCGCCUCGUGCACACGGCCGUCCACCCGCCGACCGACGACGCAGCCGCCAUCUCCGGCGCAGGUGCCGACGCCGCGACCUCGCUUGUCCCGCCUGAACGCGCACAGCUCAAGGAGCUGUUACUUGAUCCGGCGCGCGGCGACGCGGCCUGGACGGCGGUGCUCAAGGACGACGGAAUCCGAACCGCCUUCCGGAUCGUGCCCACCCGCAACACGGACUUCAUGCACUUGCGGGACGGAUGGGUGCGUGGGAUCACGGCGCGGGCGGCGCAGCACAAGGGGGCACCGGGGGCGACCGAGCCGGGCGAGUUCCAGGACGCGGCCUUCGGCACGGCGAUGAAUGACUUCAAGGCUGUGUUUGGCGGUGGUCAGCGCAAGAACGUGCCUAAGGGCCAGACGCUAGUGCUCCUGCGCAAUGCGCAAGGUGCGCUGGAUGCGCUGUUCCAGUCGGAGCCGACGAAGCCGAUUCGAUGGAUGGGGAGGGUGGCUGAUGAGCGGAUUAGUCGGCUUGUGUGGUUGAAUUAUCUGGCUGGGAAGACUGUCUCGAGUGAGGGUGCGCGCAAGAGCAUCGUGGAUGGGUUGAUGGCUGUUGUUGAGCGGCCUGUGGGCACGGUGGUGCAGCGGGUGGUUUGA